ACAACAUGUAAUUAUAUGUGAGCGUAUCGAUGAUAAACAAUGGUAUUACACUGAUACGAUUGAUUUUAAGAAAACUGAAAAGGAAGAUAACAAGAUAUGGAAUAUAUUAAAAAAUACAUAGAUUCUGAUUAUCCAUCGUUCUAUAGUGAUAUUUGGAGAUCUUUGGGUUAUGAUUCUGUUGCAAAUUUAUAUACUGAAGGAAGUGAUAAGACAAUCUAUAUUAACGAUUUCACAAAAAGAUUUACUUUUAAAUUGAAUGAAAUAUAUAUCGAGUCUGUACAAAUUGUUCAUACAAGAAAUCAAAAACGUUCUGGACAACCUAUGAAACUGUCAAAUAAGACUUUUAAGUUUUACUCAAAUAAUUCAUCAAGAAAGGAGAUUUCAAGGAGUGAAGAUGGGGAAUACAUCCCUGUAUCAAAUUUCAAAAUCUUUGGUUGGCAUAAGCAGUCCACAAUCAAUGUGAAACACAAUGUUAGAGGUAUAAAGGCAGAAUGCGUUAACACAGAUAAUAUCAGCUCUCUACCUGCACUGUGUUACUAUACAAAUAAAGAAUUCUUCUAUACAGAUGAAUUUUUAGACAUUAUAAAAAUUUCUAGAGACGCCGGUAGAAAAGAGUUUCAUCGAAGGUCAAAAAGGUUGUACUCAUUUCUUAAAGAUAACAUUGGAAAUGCGGAACUUGUUGAAACAAGAAGGACUUUAAUUGAUAAUAAAUUCAUCUGUUUAUUUGGGGAUUUAGAUAUUUAUUUCGUUAGCGGAAGUAAAGCUGAAGGUCGUGACAUCAUAGGCAGUGAUACUGAUCAUAUGAGUGUAACUGAUGAUGCAGAUGAAAUAGAUGGAAACUCCGCGUUAAAGAUGGAUUCCUCUUUGAUUCAACUUCUGACACUGCUACACCUGGAUAUAUCUCGAUAAGACAAGUUCGCAAUGGAAUAAUUUCAGACACCGACUACAGUAGUAACCUGUUUAGAUUAGUCAAAAGGGAUGAAAUGGAAUAUAUCCAGCGAAGUAGCAUUACACCUUACGAACAUGGGCCGUCAGUAACUAUUUCAAGAUCGGAAAUAGAAGUCGACUUUGUUUAUUGCUUUAAAUCGAAAA